GCGGCAGUUGCCGGGAAGCGCGCGCACCUCUUCCCUCCCCUCCACAGUCCUUCGCUCACGUGCCACUCGUUUUCCCUUUUUCUCCGUUAAUAACAGCUGGGUGGCUGGGGGAGGAGGGAAGGUGGCCCCGGCGGAGUCUGGGCGGGCACCUCCCACUCACCCGCGAGCCGCCGUGGGAGCAGGAGGAUGGCGGCGGUAGCAGCGGCCGCCCGGGAGGAGGCGGUGCCGAGGCCCGGGGCGCAGAACGCGGCGGUGGCGGCAGAGAGCGGCAGCAGCCCGUCGCGGCGCAGCAGAACCGAAAGCAGCGGCAGCCGCACAGCCACCUGAGCCACCCCUCCCGCCGGAGCCAGUGAGGGGCGCCCGCCGGAGCUCGGACCUCCUUCCUACCCGUUUCUCCACGUCUCCCGCGUCCCCCGCCCCCCAGACGAAGAGCGCGCCCGGUGUUGACCGCCCCUCGGGGCGCCGGGCGGCGGCCCUGGACGUGCGGGCUACCCUCUGGGCCGGCCGCGGCGCCUCGGCCCUGCCCUCUCGCUCUCGCGCUCUCUCCCGCCCUCCCGGAGCUCCGGGCGCUGCGCGUGGGCCCGGCCCCGGGCAGGGCGGACAUGGGCGCCAAGCAGAGCGGCCCGGCCGCUGCUAACGGCCGCACCCGCGCGUACUCAGGCUCGGAUUUACCUUCCAGCAGCAGCGGAGGGGCCAAUGGGACCGCGGGCGGCGGCGGCGGUGGGGCGCGGGCCGCGGCCGCCGGGAGGUUUCCUGCUCAGGUGCCCGGGGCGCACCAGCCUAGCUCCUCGGGCGGAGCCGCGGCGGCCUCGGCGGCACCCCGCAGCCGGUCGCUUGGCGGGGCCGUGGGGACCGUGGCGUCGGGGGCCCGGGCCGCGCAGUCCUCUUUCAGCAUCCCCAACAGCAGCAGCGGUCAGUAUGGCUCUCAGGACUCGGUGCACAGCAGCCCGGAGGACGGCAGCGGUGGCGGCGGCGGCGGCGGCAGGGACCGGCCGGCCGGCGGGGGCCCGGGCGGGCCGCGCCUCGUGAUCGGCUCGUUACCAGCUCACCUCUCGCCGCACUUGUUUGGAGGAUUUAAGUGCCCUGUAUGCUCAAAAUUUGUACCCUCAGAUGAAAUGGAUUUACAUCUUGUGAUGUGUUUAACAAAGCCAAGAAUAACCUAUAAUGAGGACGUCCUGAGUAAAGACGCCGGGGAAUGUGCAAUCUGCCUGGAAGACUUGCAGCAGGGAGACACCAUAGCACGGCUGCCCUGUCUGUGUAUCUAUCACAAAGGCUGCAUAGAUGAAUGGUUUGAAGUAAAUAGGUCUUGCCCUGAGCACCCUUCAGAUUAAGCAUCAGUUUCCUGUUUUAUAGAUUUUCUUCUCUUCUCAAGAUGCUUGAAAAACCAAGAGGAGAUGAGGAUCUGUCUCUGGAAAAACAAACACAAAAAAUGCAGGCGUACUCAGCCAGAAAUCUGAGUUCUCUGCAACGCAGUCGGUGCAGAGACGGACAAUCCCAUUGGGGGGACCCUGCUGGAGAGCGGACAUCUGCCACAGAGCUCGGUGCACCAAACAUGAGAAAAGGACUCACAGGGAUUUUGAAAAUGCUGCACAUCCCUUAAUAGUCAUCUACAUAGGUAAUACUGAUCCACGUUUUGUAUUCAGACGCCAAAGUUAACUGAUUUACAAGUUGAUUUACUUUUUUUAUUAAGUUCUCUAGAGCUGCGCAACUAGUGUUUUGAUUUGUUGUGUUUUUUAGUUUGGGGGUCUCUUUAUUUUCCCCAACAUGAUGUUUCUGCAUUCAUCUAUUCUUAAAUUGAAGACCACAUAAUUUAUUUCCUAUAAAUUAAAGUCUUAAAUGUGAAACCAAGAUAUGUAAUCAAGCAGUAAAACAUUCUCUGAAUGUAGACCAUGAUCUCAAGUCGUUCUAUUAUUUUUCCCCCAAAGGUGGAAAAUAGACUUCUACAUAGGAAAGUUAAAAUACAUUAACAUUUUAAAUUAAUUAAAAGUUUAAUAUUAUUGGAAUGCGGUCCAAAGAGUAAUCAGGUUACAUAAUUAUAUUUUAAUUAAUUAAAUCUCAGAUCGUCUCCUGAAUUGCAGUUUAUUAAGUAUAUUGUUUCUUCUUAAAUAAAACUGCUGACAGCUAAUCAGCAAUGAAUCGUCUUGCAGCUAUGCAACUUAAAAAAAAAAACAAAAAACAACAAAUUACCAGUUUUAAGUGCUGCCAGCUACAGUAACUUUGUUUUAACGGGUAUUUUUGUUUGUUCUUUUCAUGUAAUUAUUUUAUUGUGCUUCGCAUCUCCAGGCAGUUUCCCCACAUUUGGGUAAAAUGCUUUAGCAGGUUAUAAGCUUGAUAACUUGUGAAAAGGGUAAAAUAAAAUUUUCUUGAGUGGAACCUGGAAUAAUUUGAGGGACUUUUAUAUACUUUUAAAAAUCAGAAUUUAAUUAGAAUGUCAGAUUUAUAGCAAUUUGCAUCUUUAAUUUUCCAGAUUAAUCUGGAGGUUAGCGUUUGAUAAAUGAUUUUUAAAGCAAAUAUGAAGAUUUUGUUAAUUUAUAAUUUAUUAAUGUGUUAUUACUGUAAUUGAAGAUGUUAUAGAACUUUUAAAUUCAGUUUUGUUUAGAAAGAAAUGUAUUAAGCAAAAUUAUGUGAAUAAAUAUUCCCACAAAAUACAUCUGAAUGGUUAAAACAUACUGGAAGAGAGCUAUUCGGGCUACAGUACUGAAUGUCCUUUUUUUUUAAAUAUCAAAAAUACCAGUAAGUAGAUUCCUGUUUUCAACAUGGGGAAAAUGUUAUCAGUGAGCAUUUAAGGGGUGCACUUUACUUGGUAUAAAUGAAAGUUGCACAUUCCCGUUUUCUUGUUUUAAGCCUUCUUCCAUGUAUUUAAA